CGCCCGCUCGCCGGCGGCUCAGGUGCUUCCAUGUCCUAGUGCAGGGGCCGCCGGGCCGGACUCGGCUGGGCUCCCUUCACCCUCCGCUGGAGUCAUGCGGGGAAGCCGGGCUCUGCAGGUGCUGGGCGUCCUGCUCAGCCUGGCCCGGGGCUCCGAGGUGGGCAACUCGCAGGCAGUGUGUCCUGGGACCCUGAACGGGCUGAGUGUGACUGGCGAUGCCGAGAACCAAUACCAGACGCUGCACAAGCUCUAUGAGAAGUGUGAGGUGGUGAUGGGGAACCUGGAGAUCGUGCUCACCGGACACAAUGCUGAUCUCUCCUUCCUGCAGUGGAUCCGAGAAGUGACGGGUUAUGUCCUCGUGGCCAUGAAUGAGUUCUCGACACUACCCUUGCCCAACCUCCGAGUGGUGCGCGGGACCCAGGUGUACGACGGGAAGUUCGCCAUCUUUGUCAUGUUGAACUACAACACCAACUCCAGCCAUGCGCUGCGCCAGCUCCGCUUCACUCAGCUCACCGAGAUCCUUUCCGGGGGCGUUUAUAUCGAGAAGAAUGACAAGCUCUGUCACAUGGACACGAUCGACUGGAGGGACAUCGUGAGGGACCCAGGGGCCGAGAUAGUGGUGAAGGACAAUGGCCGGAGCUGUCCCCCGUGUCACGAGGUCUGCAAGGGGAGAUGCUGGGGUCCUGGACCGGAAGACUGCCAGACACUGACCAAGACCAUCUGUGCCCCUCAGUGUAACGGCCACUGCUUUGGGCCCGACCCCAACCAGUGCUGCCAUGAUGAGUGCGCCGGAGGCUGCUCAGGCCCUCAGGACACCGACUGCUUCGCCUGCCGACACUUCAAUGACAGCGGAGCCUGCGUACCCCGGUGUCCACAGCCUCUUGUCUACAACAAGCUGACUUUCCAGCUAGAACCCAACCCCCAUACCAAGUACCAGUACGGAGGGGUUUGUGUGGUCAGCUGUCCUCAUAACUUUGUGGUGGAUCAAACUUCCUGUGUCAGGGCCUGUCCUCCUGACAAGAUGGAAGUGGACAAAAAUGGGCUGAAGAUAUGCGAGCCAUGUGGGGGGCUGUGCCCCAAAGCCUGCGAGGGGACGGGCUCUGGGAGUCGCUUCCAGACUGUGGACUCGAGCAACAUCGAUGGAUUUGUGAACUGCACCAAGAUCCUGGGCAACCUGGAUUUUCUUAUCACCGGCCUCAACGGAGACCCCUGGCACAAGAUCCCUGCCCUGGACCCUGAGAAGCUCAACGUCUUCCGCACAGUCCGGGAGAUCACAGGCUACCUGAACAUACAAUCCUGGCCUCCCCACAUGCACAACUUCAGCGUUUUUUCCAACCUCACGACCAUCGGGGGCAGAAGCCUCUACAACCGGGGCUUCUCUUUGUUGAUCAUGAAGAACUUGAACGUGACGUCUCUGGGCCUCCGAUCCCUGAAAGAGAUUAGUGCUGGGCGUAUCUAUAUAAGUGCCAACCGGCAGCUGUGCUACCACCAUUCUCUGAACUGGACCCGGCUGCUCCGGGGGCCUGCGGAAGAGAGACUGGACAUCAAGCAUAAUCGGCCGCGCAGGGAGUGUGUGGCGGAGGGCAAAGUGUGUGACCCGCUGUGCUCCCCCGGGGGAUGCUGGGGCCCAGGCCCGGGUCAGUGCCUGUCUUGUAGGAACUACAGCCGUGGAGGUGUCUGUGUGACCCACUGCAACUUUCUGAACGGGGAGCCUCGAGAGUUUGCUCAUGAGGACGAAUGUUUCUCCUGCCACCCAGAAUGCCAGCCCAUGGAGGGCACUGCCACGUGCAAUGGCUCGGGCUCUGAUGCUUGUGCCCAGUGUGCCCAUUUUCGAGAUGGGCCCCACUGUGUGAGCAGCUGCCCCAAUGGCGUUUUAGGUGCCAAGGGCCCGAUCUACAAGUACCCAGAUGUUCACAAUGAAUGUCGGCCGUGCCACGAGAACUGCACCCAGGGGUGUAAGGGACCAGAACUACAAGACUGUUUAGGCCAAACACUGGUGCUGAUCAGCAAAACCCAUCUGGCAAUGGCUGUGACAGUAGGAUUGGCAGUGAUCUUCCUGAUUCUGGGGGGCACGUUUCUCUACUGGCGUGGGCGCCGGAUUCAGAAUAAAAGGGCUAUGAGGCGCUACCUGGAACGUGGUGAGAGCAUAGAGCCUCUGGAUCCCAGCGAGAAGGCUAACAAAGUCUUGGCCAGAAUCUUCAAAGAGACAGAGCUGAGGAAACUUAAAGUGCUUGGUUCCGGCGUCUUUGGAACUGUGCACAAAGGUGUGUGGAUCCCCGAGGGUGAAUCCAUCAAGAUUCCAGUGUGCAUUAAAGUCAUCGAGGACAAGAGUGGACGGCAAAGUUUUCAGGCCGUGACGGAUCACAUGCUGGCCAUCGGCAGCCUGGACCACGCCCACAUCGUACGGCUGCUGGGACUAUGCCCAGGGUCAUCGCUGCAGCUUGUCACUCAAUACCUGCCUCUGGGUUCCCUGCUGGAUCAUGUGAGGCAGCAGCGGGAGUCACUGGGGCCACAGCUGCUGCUCAACUGGGGAGUACAAAUCGCUAAGGGCAUGUACUAUCUUGAGGAGCAUGGUAUGGUGCACAGGAACCUGGCUGCCCGCAACGUGCUGCUGAAGUCAGCCAGUCAGGUUCAGGUGGCAGAUUUUGGUGUGGCUGACCUGCUGCCCCCAGAUGAUAAGCAGCUCCUACACAGUGAAGCCAAGACUCCAAUUAAGUGGAUGGCUCUUGAGAGUAUCCACUUUGGGAAAUACACACACCAAAGUGACGUCUGGAGCUACGGUGUGACAGUUUGGGAGCUGAUGACCUUCGGUGCAGAGCCCUAUGCAGGGCUGCGAUUAGCAGAAGUACCAGACCUGUUGGAGAAGGGGGAACGGUUGGCACAGCCCCAGAUCUGCACCAUUGAUGUCUACAUGGUCAUGGUCAAGUGUUGGAUGAUUGAUGAGAACAUUCGCCCAACCUUUAAAGAACUAGCCAAUGAGUUCACCAGGAUGGCCCGAGAUCCACCACGGUAUCUAGUCAUAAAGAGGGAGAGUGGGCCUGGAGUACCUCCUGGGGCAGAGCCCUCUGCUCUGACAAACAAAGAACUAGAGGAAGUAGAGCUGGAGCCAGAACUUGACCUAGACCUAGACUUGGAGGCAGAAGAGGACACCCUGGCAACCACACUGGGCUCUGCUCUCAGCCUACCAGUUGGAACUCUUACUAGACCACGGGGGAGCCAGAGCCUGUUAAGUCCAUCAUCUGGAUACAUGCCCAUGAACCAGAGUGUUCUUGGAGAGGCCUGCCAGGAGUCUGCAGUUUGUGGGGGCAGUGAACGAUGCCCUCGUCCAGUCUCUCUGCACCCAGUGCCACGGGACCGCCUGACCUCUGAAUCGUCAGAAGGUCACGUGACAGGCUCUGAGGCUGAGCUUCCGGAGAAGGUGUCGGUGUGCAGGAGCCGCAGCCGCAGCCGCAGCCCGCGGCCACGGGGAGAUAGUGCCUACCAUUCCCAGCGCCAUAGCCUGCUCACGCCCGUCACCCCUCUUGCCCCGCCAGGAUUGGAGGAAGAGGAUGUCAACGGUUAUGUCAUGCCGGAUACACACCUCAAAGGUACUCCUCCUUCCCGAGAAGGCACUCUUUCCUCAGUGGGUCUCAGCUCUGUCCUGGGUACUGAAGAGGAAGAUGAAGAUGAGGAGUACGAAUACAUGAACCGUCGGAGAAGGCCCAGCCCAUCUCGUCCCCCUCGGCCCGGCUCCCUUGAGGAGCUGGGCUAUGAGUACAUGGACGUGGGGUCAGACCUCAGUGCCUCCCUGGGCAGCACGCAGAGUUGUCCUCUCAACCCUGUGCCCGUCGUGUCCACUGCUGGCACGACACCAGAUGAGGACUAUGAGUAUAUGAAUCGGCGACGUGGUGCAGGUGGCCCAGGAGGGGAUUACGCAGCCAUGGGGGCCUGCCCAGCAGCUGAGCAAGGGUAUGAAGAGAUGCGAGCUUUCCAGGGGCCUGCUCCACACGCCCCCAGUGUCCGCUACGCCCGCCUCAAAACCCUCCGCAGUUUAGAAGCCACCGACUCCGCCUUUGACAACCCUGAUUACUGGCAUAGCAGGCUUUUCCCGAAGGCUAACGCCCAGAGAACAUAGCCUCGACUCCCUGAGACACUCAGGGAGCGUUUGAUGGCAGCUAGCGCCUCUAGAGGGUACCCCUCGUCUCCCUACCCCCCCUCACAGGUGUCAGCCCCAUUUCUUUAGUCCUAGACAAUUCCAUUCAACCUUUGGAGGCUUUGAAACCCUUUGACACAAACUUCUUGUGGUUUGUAGCCAACUGUGCACUUUGUUCUCCUUCCCAACCCCAGGAAGGAGAAGGUUUUCCUACUUUGUGUGCUUUCCCAGGACUCCCUGGAGACAUGAAGGAUUACUCCCCACAUCCCUUUAGCUCAGGCCCCACCUGUUAGUAUGAGACCCGGCUGUGUGCCUGUUUUAGAGUGUCCUAAAGAACACAGGGGGCAGAUCUGGCAGAAGAAAGGAAAAAUUGGGUAUUUUCAAUCCCCUGCAAAGGUUGCAAAGCUUAAAGUUUUGUAAAGAACGGUUAGGAACAGAUACUUACUCUUGACUAUUCACUGCGGGCCAGGCAUCAGGCGAAACUUUACCUACAUUAUUUCCCUUAAUCCUUUAUACUCCUUACAAUUGUGUGACAGAGAGAUGACCCCGUUUUACACCUAAGUAGUCCCCCCCAUCCUCAGGGGAUAAUGUUCCAAGACACCCAGUGAAACCACAGAUAGUACCAAAUGCUGUAACUUAAUGCCCUUCCUCCUGAACUCCAUGCACUGCGGCCAUAACUUGUGCAUUCCGUGGUGCAACAAGAAAAGUAGCACAGAGGCCGGCGCCGUGGCUUAACGGGCUAAUCCUCCGCCUUGUGGCGCCGGCACACCGGGUUCUAGUCCUGGUUGGGGCGCUGGAUUCUAUCCCAGUUGCCCCUCUUCCAGGCUAGCUCUCUGCUAUGGCCCGGGAAGGCAGUGGAGGAUGGCCCAAGUGCUUGGGCCCUGCACCCCAUGGGAGACCAGGAGAAGCACCUGGCUUCAGAUCAGCGAGAUGCGCCGGCCGCUGUGGCCAUUGGAGGGUGAACCAACGGCAAAAAGGAAGACCUUUCUCUCGGUCUCUCUCUCACUAUCCACUCUGUAAAAAAAAAAAAAAAAAAAAAAAAGUAGCACAGAAUUCCAUGGAUAAAGGAACCGUUUGCACUGGAGAUCCGGCAACUUCAGCAUACACUUUUGGCUUCUUUACCUACUGAAGACGUUCACCUUUUCACUUAACGGAAGCACUUCUCUUUGGCCUAUGUGAACUGCCUGCAUCACCAUUAAAUGAGUAAGGGUUCCUAGAACACAGCCGCUUUGAUACCAUGACAGGAGAUCUGAUAACCAAGAGAGCUACCGAGGGACUAAGGGCAGUAAGGACGACUACACUGGACAGAGGAAGAGCAGGAUGGUGCUAAGAUUUCAUCACGCUACUCAGAUUUAUCAAUUGUUGAUUUUCCAUGUAAUUGUUUCGGACUACAGUUAACCACAGGUAACAAGCUGUGGAAAGACAGCAGAUCAGGGGGACUGAGCCUUAAAGAUUGGGUAAAUUAAGCAACAGGUCCAGGUUUCAAAAUCUUCCAAUCUUCCCAACAGAAAGCACGUGUUCUUACUGCAACCUGUCAUGGAAAACUGAGAUAAGUCAGAGAGCCCUUGUAAGGGGCAUUUUACUUGUGGGUUUUUUUUUUUUUUUUUUUUUUUUUUUGCACUGAAUCAAGUUUAACCCUCCUCUACACCCAGACUUCUCAUCUCAGGAAGUGGUGGGGGUGAGGGAGUAGGAAGGAAAAAUAACUGGAUGUUUUUGCAUAAACCAUAACUCUCGUGAUCACUCCUAAGGGCAGACUCACAAAGGUCCCCAGGCCCACCUGUAGGAGCUGUUCUCCAGUGGUGAGAUGCUUCCAGGUGGGAGAGACAGGACCCCGCUUUAGACCUCUAUCGCCUUGGGAGGGGAACUGGGGCAAAUGUCUGUUAUAUCAUUGAAGUGUUUUGUUGUUUUUAUACAUGUCUGAAUAAAAAUGCCAAAGUUUUUUUCA